AUGAAGCUAAGACUAAAGAAGAAAAAUUCGGCAAAGUCCCCCAAAAUCCAGAAAAUUCAAGAAUAUUCGAACUUACGUUUGUGGAAUCAUCUUUACUCUAAAGGAGACGUAGCUCAAAUAUUGGAAAAUUCUGACUCCUCUUCUUAUGCAACAAUAUUAAAAAUACUCUGAAACAAAAACAAAGAUCAAAUCCCGCAAGCCAGAAUCAGGUGGUUUUUCAAGCCAAAGGAUAUAUACUCAAAUACUGAAAUGUUCAGUCAAAAUGAAUUAUUUGACUCAAAUUUUAUACAAAAUAUUGAUGUCACUGCUAUCUAUGGGAAAGCCAAAGUACUCAGCUUAGACGAAUACUUGUCCCAUACCGAGGGGGACAAUAUAUUUUUUACUCGAGCAAAAUGGAACAUUAAAACUAAAGAAUUGAAACCUCCAGUACAAAAAUGAAAGAAAGUUUGUAAUUGCAAUCAGAUUUAUAACCCUGAUAGAGACUAUGAAAAGUGUAUGAAAUGUAAAAGGCUGUUUCAUAAAGAAUGCAUAGGGUGGAAAGAAGGAAUAGUUUGUGGAGAUUGUGAAGGAUAA